AUGAAGAGUAUAAUAGGCAUGACCCGCGCCGCGCAGUGCGAUGUGGCAGGACUAAAAAGGAGGACGCCGGCGACUGAGCGACGCCUUCGGCGGGUGCCAAGUAGGAAGCGGUGCGCGGAGGGGCCGUGGCACGUCGCCGCCAUCAAUCACGGCGCGCGGUGCCAACGACCGCAGGCCCUGCCAAUGCCAGGGCCGGUGACGUCACGACGCCAGCUCCCAACGGCCAGCACCGCAUACGGCCAACGCGGCCAACCCUUCGGCGGACGUCGAGGACAAAGGCGUCUCCCUGCGAUUGUUCUCCACGCGACGGACUCGGAUGCGCGUCUUUGUGUGCGUCCGCUCGCACCGACAUCGACACCGUAUACGCGAAAUCUGAAGGACACGUAUGAUCGUGUUUGUAGAUCCGUUCUGUGCGUUGCAAUAAUUCAUUCGGUGCGUCAA